AUGGAGCUGUUGGAACGAGUCCAGAGGACGGCCAUGAAGAUGAUCAGAGGCCUGGAUCACCUCUCCUAUGACAGAGAGGGGGAGGCCCUCCCCGGGGCGGAGCGGUGCUGGAGGGAGGGGGUGCCGGCGGCCGCUCCGCCCCGGGCCGCGCCUCAGCUCGCCCGCAGGAGGCACCCGACCGCCUCCUCCUUCCCUCUCUCCCUCCCUCCCUGCCGGAAUACGGCGGGGAUGGCGGCGGAGGACGAGGCGGAGCUGAACUUAUUGGAGUGCCGGGUGUGCUUCGAGCGGUACGGCCCCGACGGGCAGCGGCGGCCACAGAACUUGCCCUGCGGGCACGUCCUCUGCCGGGGCUGCGUGGGGGCACUGAGUGGCCGGGAGGGCCGGAGGUUGGAGUGUCCCUUCUGCCGGCGGGCCUGGGGCACGGCCGAGACCAGCGACUGCCUGCCCCUGAUGCAGCUGCUGGAGGUGCUGGGCCCCGCCGGAGGCACCAUCCCCUCGGCUUUCGGGAGGAGAGGCUGCAGAGGGGCUGCCGGCACAGCUGCCGCGGGCGUAGGGCUCCGGCUGUCCCUGGGAGGGUGGGGGUCGCUGGUGAACCCCAGCGGAGUGUCGGCCUGCCGGAGAUCCGGGCGCUUGGCUGUGGCACAUGAUGGCGAGAAGAGGAUCCACGUCUUUGGGCCGAACGGAUCCUGCCUGCAGCGAUUUGGGGAGCGGGGGGAUGCGGACGACGAUGUCAAGUACCCGCUUGAUGUGACGGUCACUUCGGACGGGCACGUGGUGGUCACCGACGGUGGGGACCGCUCGGUGAAAGCCUUUGAUUUUGAGGGAAGGGGUGUCCUGGCAGUCCGGGAAGGUUUCUGUUUGCCCUGGGGCUUGGAUGCCACCCCAGAGAGUGAAGUAAUCCUGACAGACUCGGAGGCAGGUGCUCUGUACCGCCUGACAGCUGACUUCAAGAAGGGGAAAUUCAAGAUGUGUCAGAUGAUCUGGUCUCAGCUCAUCCGCCCCAGAGGCGUUGCAGUCUCCCAAACCUCGGGUGCUGUCGUGGUGAUAGAGCACCUCAGAGCUCAAGGACACAGCAGCAGCACCCGAGUGAAGAUAUUCAGUGCAGAGAUGGAUCUCAUUGGCCAGAUGGAUAGCUUCGGGCUGAGCCUCAUUUUCCCCUCCAAAAUAUAUGCCACAGCCGUGGCCUUUGACAAAGAUGACCACAUUACAGUAACAGAUGUCUGUAGUCAAGCUGUAAUAUCCUUAGGGAAACCUGAGGAGUUUCCCGUCUUUAACCCUCUCAUUAGCUAUGGGCUUUUUUAUCCUGUAGGACUGACGUACACAGCAAACAAUUCCCUGGUAGUUUUAGACAGCGGUGAUCAUUCAAUAAAAAUAUAUAGCUCCACCUGAGUGGGUUUAGGUGCUUACUGCUGUAGGUUCAAGCUGCUUUUGGCCACAAAGCACACAAAGUUCUGGUGUUAGUAGAUGUGUAGGGAGAAGGCAUUUUCUGGGCUUUAUAAGUGAAAUCUUUGACCAGCAUGCUGUGCUUCCUGCAAAACUUGUAUUGAAUAUCUUGCCUAUCUGUGGGAGAAGUCCUUGUCAUUGCAGGCCAUAGGCAACUGCAAAUCAUCCAAACAAAUAAUUUGUUGGGUUUUAGCUUUUUUUUUUUUUUUUUAAACUAUUCCAUAACUUGACAACCCAAUGUUUUUUCUACUUUUUGACAAGUAACAACAGCAAUGUGCAGAAUGGAGUAACCAGUGACUGGUGGCUGGAAAAAAAAAAGUGAUGCAUUGUUUGUUUAUGUUUCCGAGCACCUAGUCUUCAUUCAUCCUCAUUAAACAUAGCUACACUUGUGAAAGUGACAGAGUGGUUUCUGUUUCCAGAAUUUCUGCACAACAGAGGAAACUAGCUUGAUGAAACUAUAGGAGAAAUGGAAGCUUCAUUUCAGAUACAGCCAAGAUCAUUGCAGUGGAGGAGCUACCACUGGUUAGUGAGUUAUGUGAACUGGUGCUCAAAGCCAAAACAGGCAAAUGCAUUUCUGGGAGCACUCUUCUCUGUACUGGUUUAUUCCUACUGUUAUUAGAGUUGGUGAGAAGAGCUGGAGCAGUCAAUCUUCCUGUAUAAUGCACAAGUCUGUGUCUUUACCUAGCGAUAAUUUGGUGUGUGGUUACCAGCACGAGCAGCUUUCUCCAAAAUGCCCCUGAAGUAUUUGUGUUUAAACCACAAAGACUUCUGAAUACGUAAAAUUGAGCUGGCUUUGCUGCUAACACAGCUAAGCUCGAGAAGUUUCCAAUACUGCCUGCCUCUGUCUUGUCAUUAAUAUAUUACUUCUGUACCCCAGACUCCAGGAUUCAACUGAAAAUUGAAAUGUUGGUGACAAGUAAUAGGGAAAGGGGUAACGAAAGCCUCAUUUUGUGGUCUAGUUUCCAAAUGAGAUAUUGUUGCUUGUGAAUGCACAGCAGGUUUAUUUCAGUUCAUGUAUCCAUGAAAACAGUUUCACUGUGGACACAAGUUCUGUUGCCCUUUUGCACAGUGGAAACAAAGGUAUAUCUGAAGUAUUUUAAGGAAGAUUUAACACUCACACUAGAAGUCACUACUACAUUUUUAGGCCUUUACCUGCUGCUAUAAUAAUUACUUAGGCAGUUCAUCAUUAAAAAGAAGUUAGAUAUAAAUGUAACAUAUGACAUAGAGAGAAGUAGGUUAAAAUGGCAUGAAACUUGUGGGGUGAUUUAUUUAUGCACUGAAAUUAUGGAUAUUAACUAACAUGCUUUGAAAUUCACAGGCAGUCUUUCUAUCCAUUAAAUUUUAAUCUGGUUUGUGGUCUGUCCUUGGGGCAUUUAAUAAUUGCAUGUAUUGUUGCACCGGUGAUUUACCAAAUAAUUGUUUUAAACUGGAGCAGUUUUAGCCCUUUAAUUCUGAAAAUAUAUUAAUCUAUCUUUUGCUAAUAUUUAUAUCAACAAAACAAGUUGUAGCAGUAAUUGAGCAGUGACCUGCCAAUAAAGUGUGAUCUGCUUA